AUGCCCGACAAAGACGAUAAUCACAAUAAAACGUAUAAAGCUUCAAAUCGAAUGGAAGACGACGAGAUCAACAAUAGACUUUCUGACAGCGAAUUUGUGACGAUGGUAACCAGAAGUACUUCACCGACACCACCAGCUUCUUCAUCCUACGUCAGAAACAGACGGGCGGAAAUCGGUAUCGUUCAUCAGAAAGAAGUGGCCAGAUCUCGAAAAUUGCCGGAUACCAUGGACGAAGAGACCCAGUGCGAACGAAUUGAAGAAACAUCGAGAUUCUCGAGGUAUGGAAACAAUAGAGUGUCCGGUUCACCCUGGUCAACGUACCUGGAUAAGUAUUCGUCGAACGCAACGUCAGUUGGAGGCCCAUCUAUGUAUUCUUCCAGAGGAUUCGCCAAUGCAAGCUCUGCCAGUGGUAGAUUCAAUAGCUUCGCAUACGCGAGAACGAACGAAGCUCAGACUAACGCGAGAAAUGAGUCUACUGCCAAGGAAUCGUCGAAUUCUAGUCAAGAAACUCAUAGUUUCAACAACAGAAAUCAAAACGAGAAAGUUUCUAGCGGCUUCAAAUACAUGACUAGCAAUGAAAAUUCAACGUCCAAUGAUGCAAACGAAUCGUCGAGCGCGCAAAAUAUUCAUGCCACGAAUAAAGAAAUAAGUGAAAGUAGAAUUCGAGAUAGCAAACAGAGUUCCUGCGAAGAACGGAAAACUGAAAUGGGCGGGAAUCCUGAUAGCUCCAGAAUUUUCAACCAGAAUGUUGCAUUUCACCGCAAAGAUAAUUCAGUGGAGAAUACCCAGGAAAGCAAUGAUAGUCGUGAAGAUUGGAAUAACAGACAAAGUUCUACCUCGAGGUGUGAUGAAUGUAAUCAAAGAAAAUCUUCUAUUUCGCGAGUUGGACGUAGUUCGCCAAAGAGCGAGGUAAAAAUUUCCAAAUGUUCUUCAAAGCCUGAAAUAAUAUCACCGAAACGAGAAGGAUAUUGUGAAAGGAGAGGAUCCACUCCAAAAUCUGAUGCCAGUUCUUCUUCGAAGAACGAGGAACCUCUUCGAAUUGUUGAAGGACAUUGUCAAAAUCAAAGUGAAGAAGUUAUUUCUGAAAAGCGUGAUACUUCGCAGAGAAAAGAUUCUACAUUGAGUGGUUCUUCACAAAGUCGUUCGACACCACAGUCCCGGAAUGGAUUGACCAGGAAUAUGUCGCGUCAAAUGACGCGGAAUGGUUCGUCAGACGGAUCCUUUGUAAAUAUGCCAAUUGGCAGAUCGAAAUCAUCGUCAACUAAUUCAAUGACGAGUCAGGGUACAAAAAUAAAGACGACGACACUGCCCUCGUCCGGCAAAUCAUCCGGCGGUUUGGUUCCGCCAUCAGUAAAUGUACGACAAGGCGGUUCGCCGGACGCUCGCGGCAAACCACCUGUGCCGAAAAAUGAUACUACGACCGCUGUCACAUCGAAAUCCAUCGUGGCAACGAAGUACGUGAACAAAGAUUUCCGCAAGUCGACCUUGAACAUGGAGAACGGCGAUUCCUCGCGCUCCAAGUGCACGAGAAGAAAAAAGAGCCAAAGAACCAUCUGCGUCAACUCCAAGAAUGCCGAAACGACCACGGAAUACAUUCCUCAGACUGUCUCUUCGGACUCUUCGAUGAAGUCUGAUCAUCAUCAAUCGAAAUUGCUGACUCUUUCAGGAAGAUCGAAGCAUACACUCGGAAGGAGCGGUUCGAGUGGCUCGAUGAAAUGGAAGGAAUCGAGAGGCGAAUCAAAGUCACCCUGCGGAACAAAAAAGAGGCCAUCUAAGAUGUCUGUUUCCAGCAAUAGUAGCCGGUCGACCUCCGCAAAUUCUUCCAGCAGCGACGAUGAUGAUGAACAUGCAGACAGGUCGAAUUCGAAACGGAGAAGAAAACGAGCGUCGGAAUCGCCCAAGUCGCUUGAAAAAAGAGGUAAGAUCAGUGCAGGAUCAUCAAGAACAAGUGUGCUAAUGUCAUCGGCUGAUGAGCUAUCCAUGAUGACAGAGAAACCACCCAGGCCACCGUCUAGUCCAAGAUCGAGAAGUGAUCGCGCUGCAAAAACAGAAGAGGCCAAGUCGUUUCUGAUGAGAGCUUUAGCACCAGUAACGAAUUUUUUUAAGAACAGGAGUCAAGAUUCGGGUGAUGCAAGUAAAGGUAGUUGGGUUGAUUCCAAUGAAGAGAACUACGAAAUUUGUAACAAGUCGGGACAGUCAUUGUCAGCCUCAAAAUCAAUCAGCCAGAAUCUGCCAAAAGAAGCUAGUUUUAAUAAUAUUAAUUCCGAGAGAAAUGACGAAAUAAAAAGAAACCAUACAAGGAUUCAGCAUCAGUCUUCUGACGAGAAACCAUGGUGGUUGGAUUCAAAUUCUGAUAACGUUCCAGAGGGAGUUGAAAAAGCUCGAUGGAACGAAGACAUCAGUCAAGACACAACAAUCAGCACAGCCUUACCGGACGAUGGAAAGUGUAAGCUGAAAUUUUGGAGACAAGAAUCGGGAGAACGGGCCUGGUGGUUGGAUGACGUUUCAGCGGAAGCUGAAACAAAGAGAUCACCCUCAUCGGCAUCUCCCGUUUCGAGACGAGGAUCUAAUCGGAGCAGUUUUCGAUCAGCCGAUCGACGAAACCGUAUCAAGCACCAGCAGUCCGGUGAACGAGCUUGGUGGAUGAGCGAUGAUCCCGAGAACGUCCCGGAAGGUAUUGAGGUCAUCCCUGCGACAUUUCCCGAUAGUCAAAGUGUUGACAAACCUGAUAACUUCGCCGACAACGGGAGUCUCGGCUCUUCAAAGCCGCUUAAGAAGAUCCGGCACAUAGAAUCUGGGGAGAAGGCUUGGUGGAUGGACAGUUCCUCGAAUAUUCCUGACGGGAUCGUCAGGAUUCCCGUGGAAACCAACAGCACUUCCGACUCCUCCGAGUCUUACGAGAAGAUCGAUAUCGGCGUUAACUCUGAACCUGAAUCGCGCGCGAAGAGAAGCCUCUCUAGAUUCCCUAUCGAAUUUCCGCCACCACCAUCCGAGGAGCCGUUAGGAGAUCGCGCGAGUCCAGAAGGGGUCGAAAAUCCACCUGACCCGCCAGACAAUUAUAAUGGACGAGACUCACCUUAUGACAAUGUGCCGACAACUCGAAGAUUAUCACCAAGGAAACGACCCUCCACAUUACCAUUGUUCAUUGGUCAGCAUACUGACAUCGAUGACGUGCUCGGUGAUACAAAUACCCUCUGCCACAGUCCUGUUCUCUCCCGUGUUCGUAAACAGGAACGCGUCGAAGAGGAUUCUUUUGAAAACAGCUCAGAGUGUGAAGAAAUAGAUGCAACUCAAGUAAUUAUUCAUGACAGCACGCCAAAAACACCGGUGAUUCAACGAAGAAAUCGAGACAAUAAGAGGAUUCAACCCGAUGGCUACAUCCCGGUAAGUUUUGUCGUGUAA